AUGUCAGUGAUGCCUAUGUUCAGAAAUAACCCGAAAACCAAAUUUUAUGAUCCCUUCAGCAUGGAUAUGUGGGACUUGAAUAAAAAUAUAAUUACAUCUCCAUUAAUUGGUGGAGUCCACAGGGUUGAGUGGGAGGAAACUCUGGAGGUACAUGUGCUCCGAUCUGAAUUUCCUGGGUUUCGAAAAGAUGAAGUAAAAGUGACUGUGGAAGAUGGUAAAGUUCUGAAAAUCAGGGGUAAGAAGGAAGUGGAGAAAGAAGAGAAAUAUGAAAACUGGCACCAUUUUGAGCGCAGAGAGGAGAAGUUCUUGAGGGCAUUUCCAUUGCCUGAGAAUUGCAGACAUGAUCGUAUCGAUCAGUUCGUCGUGGGACAACGGUGUUCUUACUGUCACACUUCCUAA